GUCGCCUUCCUUCGCCAUAUUGCUGAAUCAGCUAUGUCGACUGCCUGUAAACGAUGAACGCUGUGUCGUUUUUGAAGAGCAAGGCUUUUAAGGAAAGAGAAGAAAAUGCAAGAGAAAAGCUACGUCAAGCCGUUAAGCGAGAUCUGAUCGCAGAUCUAUCCAGGUUGUUUGGAGAUGCAUCCUUCAGUGAUGUCACAUUUAUGAUAAAUAAUGUUGAAUUUCAAGCCCAUACAGUUGUUCUCAGAGCAAGAGCUCCAAAUUUCUGUCAACAUUUUCUUCCAAGAUAUGCCUCCGCAGGUUCUGUCCAAACAUGCAUUCAAAUAAAUGGAAUAGAGGCCAUUGAGUUUGAGAAAUUUCUAAGGUCUGCUUAUACAGAAGAUGAUUUUAAAGACUACGAUGGAUCAAGCUUCCCUUGGGAAAAAGAGACUAUACCAAGCUUAGUAGAUGGGAUUGAUCAUGUUGUGGAUGGUACAUGUAAAGAAGACAGUUUCAAUAAAAGAUUUGAAAAUGAUAUAGACCAUCUUCAAAACAAUAUCCAGCCAGAGGUUUGGGCAGGGAAAGAUGGUAUUGAAGGAUUACAAGCGAAGCCAGAGGAAUUUGAUGGUAAUGAUGCUACUUGUACUCAGUCGUAUUGCGACAUGGAUGGUAAUGGGUCAGGAACUGUUGGUGAUGGCAUUGUAGAGGGAACUUCUAAAGGAGAAGAAACUAGUGGACCUAGAGAUAAUGAUUGUCAUUCUGACUCCAAACUACCACAAGCAAGUUGUAUGGAGGAUACAUUGAGUUUUGAGGAAAGACUUGAUUCUCGUCCAGAGUUCUGUGAUCAUUUUGCUGUUAGCCUUGGUAACAUACAAGAGACUUACCUAUCAGAUGUAAACCAACAACAACAUGAUUUGGAGGAAAAUCAGCAUAGUAGUGAUUUAGUUGAUGGCCCUGGUAAUGUGAUUGAUGAGGAAAAUGUUGAAUCAGACUGCAAUGCAGAUGGAAUUGGAAGUGAUUCACAUACAACACACUCAAGCUGUCUCUUGAAUAAACAGGUUGCUGAAAUCAAGACAACAAAUGAAUUGACGGAUGAAUUAACUUCAACAGAUGGUAGAAUUUUGGAGAAUAGUUUCAAAACCAAACUAGAUAUUGGUCCACCAGGGGAUGACUCAUUAGGAGAUGAAUUAAAGAGUUGCUGUUGUACUCUUGGUCAAGAAUUACUUCAGUUGUUAAUAAGUGAAGUUGGAUCUGAUGUUGUCUUUAUUGUCAAUGGAGACAAAAUCAAAGCCCACAAAGCCAUUUUGUGUGCACGCUCAAAUUACUUUUCAGCCAUGCUUUAUGGUGACUGGAUUGAAGGAAAAACUAAAGAGAUUCCUCUUAUAGGUGUGAAUUAUAACGGUUUCAUGGCCGUCCUGAAGUAUAUUUAUGGAGGAACAGCUCACGUGAAGGGUGAUUUUGCACUCAUAUGUGAUGCACUUCCUCUUGUAGACAUGUAUGGGCUGGAAGGACUCAGAGAAAUCAUUAAUUGUACAUUGAAAAUUGACAAGUGUCAUAUGUUUCAUAAGCCCUGUGCAGAAUGUCUGACUGGUAUUCCUGAGUGCUUGGAAGUAUCAGAGUUGUUUAGUCUUACUGAUCUCAAGAAAUCUUGCAUCAAAUGGAUGGCAAAACACUUUGAUCGCACUUUGGGUACCAAAGGAUUCGCUUCCCUUCCUAAGCUGCUUCAGGAAGAAAUUCUGGCUGAAAUUCAGAGGAGCUUUGUCGUAGCAUCAGCCAUAGAAGUCUUGAAUCACUGUGACAAACUUUCUUCAUGUACACCACUGGUCAAGUGGACUGAGCCUGUUCACUUGGCUGUUUCUGCUGUCCAAGAAUCUUGUCUGUUGUUUAUUACUCAAAACUUUUUUCGUUUAAUUGAUCAAAGGAGCUUUCAUGAAAUCCUGAAGGGGGUAGGUUGGUCAGUGCCUGUCUUAGAAAAAAUUCUAUCUGCGAUUAAAAAGAACCUGACCAUUGAAAAUUGCUGCGACCUCCUAAGGGCCCUUCUCAAGCUACAAAGGAUCCUUAAAGUGAAGGCACAGGAGAAUGAUGAGGAAUGCUAUUCGGAGGAAGUAACUGAUCUUGUGGUCAAUUUACACAAAGACUGUGUCAAGGUUAUCAGAUGCAACCUUUUUAAAGUAACCCGAUCGGAAGGAUGGAAAAAAUUAAAGCUUUCUACUCAACGCGAGGUAAAGGAAGGUGCGUUGUUUAGUGGUCUGUCUGAUUCAGGUGAAAAUUCCAACGGAAAGAGGAGAAGUGUGCCAAGUUCUCUUCAAGCGUCCGCCAGGCCAUCAACUAUGAGAUCUUUUCAACGAGCUGAAACUGAAUCUCGUACGACAGGACGAGGGAGAGGGAACUCUGCUUCUGACAGGAGCUCUCAGCAAAGUAGGCCCACGUCGGGUAGGAGCUCCCGAAAUAGUAUCGGACUUGCACCUACGAACAUGCGGCCUUCCUCAGGACGGCCCUCGACUGAUGGGAGCGGUGUCAGGUCAGUCCGUGGAAAAAUAUCUUCAGCGACAAGCAGUGAUUCUGGAAAAAGACCCUCCUCAUCUCAGGCUUCAAUGCCGUCGAGAAGCUCGAGAGCGUCUUCUUCGUUGUCAAGGAGCUCUGAUAGAAACUCUCUACCUAAUUCACGAUCUUAUCAAAAUUCCUCAGCAUCAGGGCAUAGGGAAACAUCAAAAACCUCUUCUCAAAGCUCUCAUCAACACACUGUAACAUCUAGUAAUGGCACAAGGUCUUUAUGGACUCAAAGUAGCUCUAAUGCGAGGCCCUCGUCGGCUCCAAGUUCAUCUGGCGCCAUAAGAAAGGUCCCGUUAGUUUCCAGGCCGCCAGUACCAAAAGGUACCAACCGAGAUAUUAACAAUACCUCGUCAAAGCGAAUCGUUAGAGACAAGCUCUUUUCUGUACAGGGUUGUGGCGCACAAGCUAAAAAGGGGCCGUCGGUCUCAAAUUCACGCGUUUGUCGUCAGCAAGUUUCAGAAAACGUCAAGGCAACUACUAAUUCGUUUAAGGCGAAUAAACCGUCUAAGGUCAAAGGAACAAGUUCACAAGAGAAUCUUAAACAGGACUUGAAAAAUGGACCAGAAGCUAGUAAUGAACCGGGACUGAGAGAACAUGUCCAUUCAAAAGAUGAUGACGUUGGUAGAACGAGAAAAAUGGAGGAAGUCUCAGACAACAUAAAAAAAAAUGAUAUUUCACUCGAGGAGUUAAAAGAUGGUGUCCAGUCAAUCAGCUCCGAGGAGCAGAAGCAGUCUAAUACGUCGUCGACUCUAACGAGAGGGGAGGAAGGUUCAUUACCCUUAAAUGAAACAGCUGACGAGAAUGUUUCCCGGUCACUCGAUGAUGACUCUGUGGAGAACGCUGAGGUCAAUGAUUCGCUUGAACUUGACUAAGUUUGUACUUAAUUAAUUGUAAAUUUUGGUCAGUCUCCUAGUGUGUCAUCCCUCAAAGGAAGCUAAAUCGUGCAGGGAAAAGCAACAUUAGCAGAAACAGAUGUGCCUUAGAUGCAGCGGUGGUGAAGGGAGGGGGUGGCACCAGUCUAGCUCUGUGAAUGAGGCAAGCUGUAAAUUAACCGAAAGUCGCCUCUUAUACCCUUCAGGCAUGGCAUGGGGAAGAUGGGUAAAUAACCGUCUAGUGUGAAAACAUAAAAUAAUUUAUAAUAAUUAAAUAGAAAAGCCAGGAAAUUUAUUGGUUAUAACCAGAUUUCUGUGCGCCAUUUUGUUUGUCACUAUCACAACAAACACGGAUUUUUUUUAUUGCAAAGUUACCAAGGCCAUGCGGUCUU